AGCAUGCAGGAGGGGAGCGGCUGCUGCGUGUGCGCGGGGCGCGGCGCCCCUCGAUACCGCUGCCCGGGCUGCAGGGCCAGAUAUUGUUCUGUCCCCUGCUACAAGAAGCAUAAAGAACAGUGUAUACCAAAACAGGAUCAGGUUGUAAAGACACUGAUUACAGACACAUCCUCACUUUUCAGAAGAGUUAAAUCAGUGCAAGACAAAGGAAGCCAUUGGUCUGUAGAUGAUAUCCUGACAGAAGAUGAUGAGGCAGACAGAGUCCCGCUGCAGAAACUCAAACUCUUAGGGGAGUCUAAAGAACUGAGAAGCUUACUACUCAACCCCCAUCUGCAGCAACUGCUGCUAACUGUAGAUCAAGCCAAAGAAAAAGAUUCCCUGAUGAAAACAUAUAUGCAAGAGCCAUUAUUUGUGGAGUUUGCAGACUGCUGCUUGAGAAUUGUUGAGCCUCCAGAGAAAGAGAAUUGUCUUCUGGAGUGAGAGACUCUUCAGAAACAGAACUAAUCAUGAAUUUUUCUAAAACUGGAAGAAACAUUUUAUUACUGUGUGCUUUGCUGAAACAGCCUCAUGUGUGUGUUUUCCCCUCAGUAAAACAUAUUUAAACUCCUGGA